AGAGAUUGGCUUGCUUGCGUGUGGGAAAAGAAUCAUUAAAAAUUUGCAGUCCCUAAAAAUGAUAUAGAGAAAACUUAUACUGUUGCGUUUAUUCUUAACCUAACCGUUUUUGUGUCACCACAGACAGGAUUUAAACUACAUCUUUAUUUACUUCAGCAAGAUCCAGCAAGAUGGUUUGUAAGUGUUGGUGAAAGAUAUCACCUCGAUCAGCAGAGCAGGUGUGAGUGUGUGUCUCAGAAGAGUGUGUUCAGCAUGGACUUAGACGACUUUCCUCCUCCUCCACCUGACUUGUUGAAUGACGAAGAUGAAGGUGAGAGGUUUGAGUUUGAUGACAGUGGUGAUGAAGCCCCAGAGGCGGAUCGGCCACCUCCUGAACCAGAGGGAAUCUCCAUGCCUCCACCCUGCUUAUCAGCAGCCAGGGUCACGCCUGUGAAUGGGACAAGUCCAAACCCGGAGACCUUACUCACCAUUGAGGCUGAUCUGCCCCCUCCACCUCAGGACUGCGCCUCUAAUAAUACCCCUCUGGCUCAUGCUGCCUUCCCACUGGGGGAUCUGCCCCCUCCUACAGAGGUCUGUCACACUGCAGCAGAAGGUCAGAACAGUGAGCCCAUUCUACCACCAGAGGGCACAACAGGAGCUGUUCACAGUGAGCAUGAGGGAAAAAAAGAGGUCAGUGUGGUUCCCAGCCCUGCAUCCACUUCCAAGCCCAAAGUCAACCCCUACUCUGUGAUUGACAUUACACCUAUCCAACAACAGCGGCUGUCCAAGCAAAAUGCCACUCCCUCCUCUCCCUCAGCCAAUGAGAGUGAAGGGAACAUUCAGGAUGUACCCAGUAGCCCCAGGUUACCUUCUGGAUAUUCAGUGCCAGUUCCAUGUGGCUAUGCAACGCCCUCAAAUGUGCCAGUGAUAUCACCAGCCUACACCACCCCAGUUAUCAUCCGACACUUCUCAAUAGAUGAAGAUGUGACCAUAGUGGGUACAGGACAUGCACGAGUAGACAGUGUUUUUGGUGAAGAGUGUCCAGUCAUCACAGAGGAAGAUGCCUUGACUAAGUGGGUGUCAGACCCGGCUAACACGGCCUGGAUGGAUAGUCCAGAUGAAGUUAUUUAUGAUGAUGUACCAAGAGAGAACUCUGGAUCCACCACAGACCCAGAUGAGAUGAUCUAUGAUGAUGUUGAGUUCGGGGAGGAUGGCGGCAGCAGCUCACUGGAUAACGGCUGGAGUUCUAGUGAGUUUGAGAGCUAUGAGGAAGCAAGUGACACAGAGAAUGGACAUAAAGAGAAUGGCCUCCCAGAUGCAUUUGUCAGGGGCCGUGCACCCAGCAAGAAAACACAUCUGUCUGAAGAUCUGGUGCGUUUGAAAGAGCACUAUGAGAGAAAGAUGCGAGAUCUCAUGGCAAACACAGUGGGAACAGUAGAGCUGCAGCAGCUCAAGCACAAACAUGAACAGAAGAUGCAGCGGUUUGUAAAAGCAGCCAAAGAUGGAACUAAAGAAGGUUUGCAGAAAACCAAAGCGGUGGUGAGAAGGGGACGAUCUUUCAUCCGCACAAAAUCUCUCUGUCAUGAGAAGAAACCCAGCUGCUUUGAUGAAGAGUCAGAUCUUUUCAUUGAGGUAGAGUGUUUCAAUGUUGACCCAGUGCUGGGGCCUGCACCCGAUGGACUUUCUCUGCACCAGGUGAUGAGGAGAUGUAUUCUUGAGAAGAUUCUAGAGAGCGAGAAGAACUAUUUGGAAGCUCUGAAGAGAAUUUUAGAGCAAUAUGAAAAGCCGCUGUCAGAGAUUGAGCCACAGUUACUGAGCGACCGCAAGUGUAAGGUGGUGUUUUAUCGGAUUCGGGAGAUCCUGCAGUGCCAUGCUAUGUUCCAGAUGGCGCUGGCCAGCCGUGUAUCUGACUGGGAUGAGCUGGAGAUAAUUGGAGAUGUGUUUGUCGCAUCUUUUUCAAAGUCUAUGGUGUUGGAUGCAUACAGUGAAUAUGUGAAUAACUUUAGUUUGGCGAUGGGAGUGGUACGGAAGGCGUGUGCUGCUAAGCCCUGUUUCCUCGACUUCCUCAAGCAUUGUCAGGAGACCAGUAAAGACCGUCUGACCUUCUAUGGACUGAUGAUGAAGCCUAUCCAGAGAUUCCCGCAGUUCAUACUGCUGCUGCAAGAUAUGUUGAAAAACACACCAGUAGGUCAUCCUGACCGUCUUCCACUUCAGAUGGCUCUCACUGAACUAGAAACGUUUUCUGAAAAACUAAAUGAGAGGAAGAGAGAGGCUGACCAGCGCUGUGAGAUCAGACACAUCGCUAAGGCUAUGAAUGAACAUUACCUCAAUAAGCUGCUGAGCAGUGGCAGUCGUUAUCUAAUUCGUUCUGAUGACAUGGUGGAAACCGUUUAUAACAAUCACGGGGAGAUAAUUAAGACUAAGGAACGGCGAGUCUUUCUUCUGAAUGACGUGCUCAUGUGUGCCACCCCCAACCAUUGCUCUUCUCAGGAUGGUGUAAGUGUGGGAGCUGGAAGUGCAAGUGUUCCCUCAGGACAGAGGUUCCUGCUCAAGUGGAGUGUGCCUUUGAAUCUGGUGGAGGUCGUGGAGUUUGGCUCCAAUGAGGACAUGGGUGACUCUGCCAGAUUUCCCCCCUCACACUCAGGAGAGAAAGUCGUCAUCAAUGCUAAACCUAAUAAGUUGUAUAUGGGUCCAGGGCAGCUGUACCAGGACCUGCAGAACCUGAUACAUGACCUAAGUUUGGUCAACCAGAUCUCUACCAUGAUCAACAGUCUGAAGGGCAAUUAUCAGAAUGUUAAUGGGACAGUUGCUCAGGAUUGGGUUUCAGGUCUCCAGCGCCUCAUUUUAAUGAAAGAAGAGGAGAUUCGGGCCGCUGAUCGCUGUAGGAUACAACUACAAUUACCAGGGAAACAAGACAAGUAUGGUAGACCCACAUUCUUCACUGCGGUCUUUAAUACUUUCAGUCCAUCCAUCAAGCAAGCUUGGAUCAGUAAUCUGCAGAUGGCUAAACUGACUCUACAGGAGGAUAACAUUCAGGGCUGGUUUUGUGCUGAAGAUGAUGGCAAUCAGAUGAGGAAACAGAAUCAUCCUCUCUUACUCAAGCAGAUGGCUGUGAUCAUGUCCAAACUACCGGAGUUCAAGGUGGAGUGUGCGGUUCAUAACCCUGAGCCUCAUGUGAACACGGACAGCACUGUAGAUUUGCCUGUUAUGGGUCACGGCUGUGUGUGGGUUGCCAGCUGUACCAAUCAUAUGGGUCAGGUUUCCAUUGUGGCAAUGCAGAACUCAAGUCCAAAAGUGACCGAGUGUUUUAACGUUGAAUCACGUAUUCUCUGCAUGACGUAUGUGCCCUUGCAUGAGCCUUUGGAAAAUGGACAGGGAAGCCCUGAGGAUCAGAAUGCCAAUGACACACCAACUGUGUGUUUGGGAAUGGAGGAAGGCAGUAUAUCAGUAUAUAAGAGCAGCCAGCGCUCUAAGAAGAUCCGUCUGCAGCAUUUCUUCUCUCCUGAUAAGUCCAGCAUCACAUGUCUGGUGUAUAAGAGUGGGUGUCUAUAUGCUGGAUUGGUCAGCGGUUCUCUGGUCAUCUUCUCCAGGGCUGACAAUGGCUCUUGGGUGGAGUCAGGGGCCCGGGUGCUGAAGCUGGGGGUGCUGCCGGUGAAAGCACUGCUGGUGGUGGGUGAGCAUGCCUGGGCCUCAUCAGGAGGGCAGAUCUUCAUUGUCAGCACACAGACACACACUGUGGAGCAUCAGUUAGAGGCCCAUCAGGAGGAGGGGAUGAUCGUGUCACACAUGGUGGUGGCCGGGGUGGGGAUCUGGAUGGCAUUCAGCACUGGCUCAACAUUACGACUCUUCCACACAGAGACCCUUGACCACCUUCAAGACAUCAACAUCGCCACAGCUGUCAACAAUAUACUCCCAGGACAGCAGAGAGUUUCUGUGAGCAGUCUGUUAGUGUGUCAAGGUCUGCUGUUGGUGGGCACUAAUCUUGGGGUUACAGUGGGCCUGUCUGUGCCCAGACUGCAAGGCAUCCCCAAGGUCACAGGUCGAGGCAUGGUCUCUUUUCAUGCUCACCAUGGCCCAGUGAAAUUCCUCACUAUGGCAACAGCAGUGUGUAACGUCUCCCACGCAACCAUGGCAACUCUCACCUCCAACACACCCAGCCAGAACUGCACAGGGUUGGGGGAUGGCAGCACGAGCUCCCCCUUACAUGCUUCAGUUCUCCAGGACCCUCUGUCCUCCUCAUGUGGGUCUCUGGCUCUGUCUCAGGGCUCUUUAGAGCACGGGCCAGAGGACGGAGCAAUAUACGACCUGCUGAACGAGCCAGCACAUUUCCAGAAGGUCAAUCAGAAUCAGAGAGUGAAUGUGAGCUCAUUGUUAGUGCUGUCUGGAGGGCUGGGGCACCGCAGAAUCAACAGAAAAACUAAACAGUCCAAGCACGAGGAGACAGUGUCUAACAUAAUGGUGUGGCAAAUACCACUGCUAAGCCAGUGAAGGAGGGAGAACCACACAAUGGGAAUUGCAUGUCAGAGAGAGAAAGGGAGAGCUGUUCCUGACCUUGCUUUCAGUUAUGGGGUGACAGAGAAAAAAUUAUUUAUGAAUGAAUGGAGAAUUUUUUUUAUUUAGGAAUUAGCUGAAGUACCAAGUUCUAAGCAAUCCAACAUGCAUCAGAGAAAUAUGUUUUACCACUUGGCACAUUUACCGUUAGUGAUUUUUGAGCACAUAAACUCCUUCAAAAGACUUAAUUAAAAAGGUGCAUUCAUGAAAAAGCCAAUUCCACUGUAGUGUGAUAAUAUUCAGGUCUAAAUGUGGUAAUUUAACAUUUUUAACUGCUGCAUGAUUACAUUUCACAAGAAAAAUAGAAAACAUUCACCUAUGUUAUGAUGCCAUAUUCUAUUGUAACAGCAAAUAAUUCAUUUGUCACUUAUUUUAAACCUGUCACCUCUGCUCAGAUAUUAUUUAUUUUAAUUUGUUGUUGUUUUCCUUUUCUUGAAACGGGAUCUGAAAAAGUAGCUUCAUCUAGUAAUUAUACAGUGUUUGUUAAAGAGGUCAUAAAACAUUCCUCGAAUCAGCAGGUUAUUUGAGGUUGCACCUUUGGAUUGGCCUCUGUGAUCAGCUUUAACCUGUGACUGAAUGACUUGUAUGGGAUUCUCUGGCAGGCUAGAGAUUCUUUCAGGUUUUUAGGUGAAGUUGUUGUCUACUGAUACAAGUUCUUUAAAAAAAAUUACUUCCUCCAUAAUUCUAAUUUAAGGUUGAUGCUCGUCAAUAUUUAAAAUUAUGGAAAAGCUUGAUAGUGACACGUUUUUAUAUGUAUUUUUUACUUCUAUAUUAACAUGUACACAAUUGUUUUAUUUAGUAUUUUUGUAUAUCUGUGCAAGUCUAAUAGAUAACCAUGUUUUUGUUUUGAAGAAAAUUGAUUGAAUUUGAGGUUGAAUAGAGGUCGAAUGGCUUUCUUUGAAAUGAACUUUACCAACAGUAACACUGAUUUUAGAGGUUGAGGGAAAUUGAGGAAAUAAAGAAAUAUACAAAACUUGGAAUAAUCUAAAAACAAUUAUGAAUAUGAAAAAUGUAUUGAUCCCAGUGAGAUUUCUUUAAGAAUUCCUAAAUAUUCCUCUUGCAAGGUGUCUGCCUAAAAGGGAAAUUAAAAAGGUAAUAAUUAUUGCUUGACUGUGAUUGUUGAUUAUUGAAUUAUG